AUCUUAUUUCUUAUGCAUGUGUACGACGCUUAAAAUUAUAUAUAUGAACUUGUGCGAAACAUUGAGUGUAAAAUAUUAUUUUCGUUAUAAUCAAUCGUGUGGUGAAUCAAUCCAGCUUAGAAAAGUUAAUGUUAAUACAAAUUGCAGUUAAUUAAAGCAAAUCAAAGUGAAUAUGACAUAUGAUCAUACCAAUUUAUGACACCUAACCUGCUCACAUUUCCAUGGAUGAGUAAUUGAGAAUCGUAAAAUUCGUAUUAUAACAAUAGUUAACAGAAGUAGUAAUGUUUUUAAUAAUAUAAUGCUAACAAAGAGCAUCCUAAUAAGAAUCAGAUAACUAAUAAUUGAAAAUUAUUAAAAUAUGAGCAAGAAAAAUGUCAUAUCUAAUAUGCAACAUAAAAAUAAAUGUUCCAUGCGUACAUCAAAUCCAAAGCAUCCAGCAUCCAAAGAUAGUAAGGAAACAUUUAUCCAUUCUUCAGACAUACUACAAGAUAUUUCUGUUAAUGCUAAUGCAGCUAGUGCUUCUACUUCAAACGAAAGAAUUUUAUUAUUAUCGGAAACAGAGAGAAAGCAUAAUAAAUCAUUCCACCAAAAUUAUCCUGAUAUGAAAAAUAAUAAUACAUGUGAAAGAGCAUCCAGUAGUUUAGAUAAACAUGACAAGAGUUGUAUUCAGAAAAAUGUAUCACUUUCUACUCAAAAUAAUUCGAAAAACUUUAUUAGCAUAGAAGUAAAUAAUUCUGAUAAAGUGCAAAAUGGUAAAACAGAUGCAAAGAUAAUUAGAAAGAAUAAAGUGCCUGUGUCCAGUAAGUUAGUUAUUUCACAGAAUGUAGCACAUGAAACUGAAUCGAUACCUGUAUGUAAUAAUGCAAGUGAUACUAUUGCUAAAGAGAAGAAUGAUACUAAUGCGAAAAGAAUAAAUUUAAAUAACAUGACAAAGACAUUUUCUAAAAAGCAACAAGGAAAAAUUAACGAUUGUGUUGCUUCGAGUGAUCUUUCUCAGAAAAUAUUAAUAACUGAUGAUAAUAUUUUGUCGACAAAAACACAAGAUAAAAUUGUAAAAGAACAGCAUUGCACUUUAUCAAAUAAGAAAACUGUAGCAGGAAGUCAAAGAGUUAAAGAAAUCAAGAGCAAGAUAACUGCAACAGCUAAACCGACAAGCUCACUGCCUUCAGAUCUUCUCUCUUCUAUCGAAGAUAACAACGAAAAGCUCAAAUCAGUUAAAGUUGAGAAUAACUUACCUGUUUCAGCACAAUUAUCUACAGAUAAAACGCAAUUAGAUGGCGAUCCAAGGAAAUUGGCAGAGGAAUGUACAGUAUAUGACCAAGAGAAACUUGUCAAGCAACAGACUUCGUCUCGAGCAUCCCAUGACGAUACAGAUUUAAAAUCAAUAUUACAUAAAGAUACACGUGAGACAACUGAAAUAAAUGUAAAGCAGAAUGAACAAAAUCAAUUAUCUGUACCAACUAUCAAAAGAAAAAGAGGUAGGCCUAGAAAGGUAGAUAACAAUUCUAUAGAUCAAAAUACACCAACGAAAUCGAAAAAUGAUGAUACGUCGCAAGAAAUUCCUGCUGUUACUGAAGAAUCCAUGACACGUAGUAAAAGAUCUACUAGUAGAAUCAAGAUUACUACCAAUAUAAGUGAUUCAAGCGACGGAAGCGAUACUGCGGAUGUUGAAUAUGAAUCUUUCGUCAAAAAGCGAGGUCGCCCGGUUGGCAGUAGAGGUCGAGGUAGGAGACGUGGUCGAGGUCGCGGUAGAAAAAUAGUGGAAAAUUCUUUAGACAAGGAAUACAUUCCUAAAUUUAUGAGAAACGAUGUUUCUCAAUCGAAAACAGUUGAGAGUGACAAUGUGGAUUUAGAUAACACAAAUACAACAGGGGAUUUGCCUGGCAUAGAUACUGAAAAUGAUGCGACAGAUGCUACAAAUGAAGGAACACCUAAACAUUUAAUAACUUGUUCGAGAUGUAACCAGCAAAUAUCAAGAAGACAAUGGUCUUCACAUAACUUGUAUCAACAUAAUAACAUGGCUUGGAGAGAAGAUGAAGAACCACUAGAUUUUGAAAAUGAUGUAAAAUUGUUAAAGAAAGUAUUAACAUUUGCCCUUAAGAAAAAGAAGACUUAUCUAACUUGUGAAAAAUGUGAAGCUACAAAACGGAGUGUCCAAGGUUUCAUAUCACAUAUGCAAUUUUGUGGAAAAUCAGAAGAAGAAAGACAGGCAUUAAUGGUGACAUGCCCCAUUUGCAAUUCUGUUAUGAUGCCUUCGUCCGUGGAAAUACAUGAACGUUAUCACAGACAAUUGGAACAGAAUCAAAAUAGAGAAACACCGAUUAUACAAAUAGAAAGAACAAAACGGAAGGCAGCAGAGAAAGCAGUACCAAAAAUAAUGGAGUUUGCCAAAUCUAUGAAAGAUCCAUGCACGACGAAUCAAAUGAAAUCAAAACCUCACUCCUUUCUUAAAAAUUUAAUACAAAUGCCAGAGCUUAAGAAAAGAAUUCCAUCCAUUUGGAAAAGUCAAUGGAAGAAAGAAUUAAUUGCAAAAGGUAUCGCAUCUUGUAAGCAAGAAGGAUGCACUUAUACAUGUUCUUCUUAUGAAAAUAUCUGCGAACAUCAUUCUCAAUGUAACUUCAUUCCACAAGAGAACUUUAUAUGUAAAGUUUGCAAGUUUUUAACAAAUUCUCAAGAUAAAAUGGUGGAUCAUAUAAUGGAAGUUCAUCCGGACAACCAAGACAUUGAAAAGUGUUCUGAUUUCGAAAAAGAUAAUGAAGAUUCAUCGGAUUCAUCGGAUGAAAGUGUAAUUGAAUUUAAUGUAAAACAAAGGCACCGUUCGUCAAGAAUUACACACACACAACAUUCUGAUAUUACAAGAAUACUCAAUAAAAUAGCUUUCGUGGAUCAAGUGCCAUUUCAAAAGCCACAAUCAAGAAAAAUGUAUAAACCAUCUUUAGAUUGGACUAUGGAAUUCGAGCGGAAAAAUUAUGAGCUUACGUUAUUUAACGAUCUUAUGCCGAACUCUUUUACAUUAUUGAGAAGUGACGAUGCUGCAAAAUAUCUUCCAGAACUAAUAACUUCAAUGCCCUUUAAAUACGCAAACGCCAAUUCAUCGAAAAAGGGAAAAUCUGACAACAGUGAUUGGAAACACAUCAGUAGAUUUGAAAGCAAUUUUUAUGAAGGUAUACCAACAUUUUUCGUUGGCGGUCCAAUAUGGGCUUUAGCGUGGUUGCCUAUUCCAUCGCCAAUGUACACCAAAAAUCCAACGCAAUAUGUUGCGAUCAGCACGCAUCCGGCUAUGGAGAAUAAAUACACCAUUGGAAAGGAAUAUUCCAGUCCAAAUAUCAUACAAAUAUGGGACAUAGGCAGCUUGGAUCACGAAGUUCAGAGUACAAAUAAAUUACCCACUUUAGCUUAUGCAAUUGCACAUAAUAGCGGCACAGUUUGGUGCUUAGAAUGGUGUCCGUCAGGAUGCUAUCAGGAUAUCGAUCUUCACAAUUCUUGCAAAACGGAAAAAGAGAAUAAGCUUAAGCGAAUGGGACUGCUCGCAGCCGCGUGCUCAGACGGAUGUGUAAAUAUUUAUUCAUUGCCGUUUGCAGAAGAACUUGAAUUCGAAAAAACAGAACAUAAUUCGUGGCCGAUUUACAAAACUGACCCGGUGAUAACACUAGUUGUAAACCAUCUUAUGUAUGACAAUAAUAAGCAGAAUUGGCAGUGUACUAAGUUAUCGUGGACAAAAGAGCAUGGACACAGCAUCAUCGCGGCAGGUUUCACGAAUGGCUAUAUUGCACUGUGGCAUCUCACAACUACCUCGUUUCUGUUGCUUAACGUGCGGAAUAAUACAAAAUUUAUAAACGCGUCUCAACAUUUCUUCGCUCAUCAUAACGCAGUUACCAUGGUGGCAUUAAUUCCAUAUAUGAACGGUCGAUAUCUGGCUUCCGCCAGCUUAGACAGAUCGUACAAAUUUUGGGACUUGGAAGAUACAAGCGCGCCGCAGAACAGUACAAAAAAGGGUAUAAUAACAGAUGGUAUAUGGAUGACAAAUUGGCCGUGUGUUGUGCUUAGCUUCGACGAUGCACUUGGGUACAAAUAUACGCAUUCUUACAUAAUACCAUUGAGGGAAUACGGAUAUAAAUAUUGCUCAAUUUUACCAACCAACACACCAACUUAUGGCAUCACUGUUUCCGACUUUGCUAACAGUAUCGCACAUGGUACAUUAGCUGGAGAAGUAAUAACCAUCUUUCCUCAUCAGUUACUAUAUUCAGAAAAAUUAUUGAUUAAGAAAAGACAGUUAAGCUCUUGCAUUGAGAUAGUAGACUUUUUAGAAGAGCAGCAAGACACGCCUCGCAAAGUCAAUAAAAAUAAAAAUGACAAGAAUUCAAAGGAUUAUCAUUAUAUGCCGGAAACCUAUAACGAAUGCAAAAAUCGUUUUGGUAUUGUUUUCCACGAUAAUUUAAUGGACUUGAAAAAAAAUAUCAGUAGAGGAGAGGAUACUUUAGAUAAUAACAAGUUGAUGUCGUUUCCUAUUGAACAAUAUCCAUUUACUUCUGCAAAUAAAGUGGCAUGGAAUCCAAACAUAUGGAGUUAUUUAUGGCUUAUGGUGGGCUAUCAAAGUGGUUUAGUGAGAUUGUUGAAUUUUAAACACAUGUCCAAUGAAUUAAAUGAUAAUUCAUUGUCAUCGCAUGUGAACCAUUUACUAACUAAGGGAAAUAAUUCGAUUUAAUGACCAAGAAAUUAUUUUUAAUGAAUGACAUUGUUAUAUACAAAUAACAUUUGUUAUGUACGAAAUGUAGAAAAUUAUUUUUAUUU